GACACAGUUGCAAAAACCUAUUUUUUAUAAAUAAAGAAAGUUAUUUAUUUAAUUUUGAUUAAAAAUAUAAAGCUACUCAAAGACAGGAAAGUUAAAAUCAAUAAAAAGACUAUGUAGAAUUGAUAAUUUCUGGUUCAAAAAUGGGUUCCAAGUUUCCAUGUGUCAAGGCCUUUAUGUAAUAUCAAAUAUCAGCCAACAGCUGAUCGGAAAUUCGUAUUCUGGCAAUUUGGUUUCGUUCCAUUCCUGGAAAGAGUUUUUAUAACUCUAGAAUUACGUGCAUGUAUUUGAAGUUUAAUUGGCCCCGUCGAGAUGUCGCUCCUUGAAUUUUUCCAGAAAUUCGACUAUUAUGCUAAACCGGAGGGUCACGCUCCUCUGGACAAGAUGGUUGGUGCUUCCAAAUAUGGCUUGUUAACCGGUUUUGGAUUUGGAAUACACGAUGUAUUCUUGCAUUCUAAAACACGUACUGUAAUGGACACGGUGCGCUGUUUCGGAUACUGGAUGGUUCCUAUGGGUGGAAUGGGAGCCGCCUUCGCUUCCACGACUUAUAUUGCCACGAAUUUGAGGGGCAAAGAUGACCCAUUAAAUUACGUUUUUGGAGCAAUUUCAGCCGGAGGUGUCUUGCAAGCCUGGCAAAAAUGUGGCUUGACCACGCUUUACGGAACUAUUCUUCUGUCUAUUUUUGCCGCAGCAAAGAAGGAUUCCAUCCAGAGUGGCUGGACAUUCUGGGGAGAUCCCUUCGAUUGUGAAUGGGAUGCUCCAGUGAUUCAAACAGCCAGUGCCAGAGAAAAGAAAUACGAAAGAGGGUGGACCAAGGAAUAAAGUCCUUCUUAUUCGAGAGUGAAUUUGAAAUAGUUGAUAUUUAAAUAUAAAAUCGAAUAAUGUUAUGUCUUAUAUGUAAUAAAACUAUAAAGAAAA